UCUUGGACACAUUCGUUUCAAUUUAUUAAAUGGAUUUGUCCACAAUUUUGAAAUUUGCAUUUAUUCUCGGACAAGUUUUUUGGUCAAGUUCGGAAUAUUUAGGAACCAAGGAUUCUCCAGAAGUAGCAAGACUCCGGGAAUAUCUACGAACCGAGUCGUCACACCCGACACCAAAUUACGAGGCAUGCAUAGAAUGGUUACACCGUCAGGCAGAUGAUAUCGGGCUUGUUUUUAAUUACGAGGAAUAUGACAAAUUCAAACAAAAUGGAUCUUUCGCCAUGUGGCUUACAUGGCUGGGAAGAUACCCUGGAUUAAAAUCAAUCAUAUUUGAUUCACACAUGGACACCGUGGCAGUAGAUCCGCCGAAGUGGGUCCAUCCCCCUUUUUCUGCGUAUAAAGAUGAAAACGGCCGAAUAUUUGCGAGGGGUGCAUCAGACAUGAAACCCACAACGGUCGCGACUCUGGAAGCAAUCAGGUCACUAAAAAAGGCCGGUUAUGUGCCACGACGUUCCAUUCACGUCGCAAUUUUCCCAGACGAAGAGCUGUUUAAUCGUGGCGUCAAAGGUUUUAUCAAGUCUGGUUCUUUCGCCCGGUUAAAUGUUGGCUUCGCCUUAGACGAAGGUCCAGGUGGAUCAAAGGAUAAAAUAUUUAUAUCAUACGUGCAGAAAACGCGUUGGCAGGUUAAAUUUAUUGUACGUGGACCGUCAACCCACACCGCGGCGAUGCCUCGAUCAACCACUGGAGAAAAAUUGACGUUUGUGCUGAAUAAAAUGAUGGCCUUUCGUGCAUCUCAGUUUGGAUUAAAUUCUAAUGAGACCAGCUCCGUUAAUUUGGUCCAGAUUGGUGGUGGACUUGCAACCAACGUAAUUCCUGACGAGUUAUGGGCAAUAUUUGACCUGCGUCUCAAUUCUGGAAUGUUGCCCAGUACGGAAACAUUUCUUCGAAGCGUUGCGGCAGAGUCAGGCAACGACACGAGCAUCCAAUUUUUACAAAAGGAUGACGAAUUCUCAAAAUCGAUUGUUAACGAUAACUCAAACAUUUGGUGGGUCGCUGCAUCAAAGAUGUGUAAGAAGCUGAAUGCGACCUGUACCCCAAUUAAUCUCGCCGCAGUUACGGAUGGACGAUAUUUCAGGAAUGAAGGGAUCACCGUGUACGGAAUGGGAGGAGCGGGUGGUGGUGGCGUUCAUGGUCAUAACGAGUUUAUUUCUGAAGACGCAUAUUUGCAAACAAUUGAACGAUAUGUCUUACUUUUAAAAACUUUUAGUUCAGUUGAGGAGUGAGAUUGACGUCGAAUUUAUUAUGUACGUAUGUACAUACAUACAAAUCUAUCACAAUUUUUUACUUGCUACAAAACUGUAUUGAUUAUGUACACGCAUUUUUUAGCAUGCUCGUGUUGCAAAUUCUGAAUAAACGUACUAUUCAAAAUACGUA